GAACAGCCCGGCCGGCGUGCGAGGACCCCGCACGGCCAAGAUGGCGGCGUCCGUGCGACAGGCACAUAGCCUGCUGGGCCUGGCGGCAACCUUGGGUUCCCGUGGCUACCGGGCGCCCCCGCCCCCGCGCCGCAGGCCAGGACCCCGGUGGCCAGACCCCGAGGACCUCCUGACCCCGCGAUGGCAGCUGAGUCCGCGCUACGCAGCUAAGCAGUUCGCGCGUUACGGCGCUGCCUCCGGGGUGGACCCGGGUUCGCUAUGGCCGUCGACCGAGCAGCUGCGGGAGCUGGAGGCCAACGAGCGCGAAUGGUACCCAAGUUUGGCGACCAUGCAGGAGUCGCUGCGGGUGAAGCAGCUGGCCGAAGAGCAGAAGCGUCAGGAGAGGGAGCAGCACAUUGCAGAGUGCAUGGCCAAGAUGCCAAGGAUGAUUGAGAAAUGGCGACAGCAGCAGCGGGAGCGCAGGGAGAAGGCAGAGGCUGACAAGGAGAGGAGGGCCCGACUGCAGGCUGAGGCCCAGGAGCGCCUGGGCUACCAAGUGGACCCAAGGAGCGCCCGCUUCCAGGAGCUGCUCCAGGACCUAGAGAAGAAGGAGCGCAAGCGUCUCAAGGAGGAAAAACAAAGACAGAAGAAGGAGGCGCGAGCUGCUGCAAUGGCUGAGACGGCAGCCCAGGACCCAGCCACCUCUGGGGCACCCAGCUCCUGAGCCUUUGUCCUUUCCCAAUAAAAGCCUGCUCCCUGGCAGUCCCCCUGAAGAGAUCUGUGUCCUCUCAAUGUGUGCCUCUCUGGGUCCCCUGGUUCCUCCUGAAACACCUAGGGCUGGGCUGGGGAAUCCCCCACUUGGCUCUACUCAAAAGGGGGACAGGGAUUGCAGGCCCUGCUGACUGAGGCUUCAGGACGAGAAAAGGGGUGGGGGGGGAUGCAAUGGGCAAAUAAUAGAGAAGCAGAUGGCAGAAGAGGAGAAGGCUUCUGUUUACCAACAUUCAUCUCCAGUAAUUAGCCAAUUAUGGGGUCGGGGGGAGGGGGGGAAGUACAGCCAAAACAGACUGUGGUGAUGAUGGUGGGGACCAGGGAGAAGCAGUCCCUGUAAGGCUGGGCUGGGGUCCACUGCCUGGAAAUGACACACUGGGGGAGAAGACACUGGGAGCCCCAAUCUGCAAGGACUCACAGACUCCUCUCCCCCUUCCCGGCACCCAUCACCACGCCUGCCUGUGCCCAGACAGCCCCCAGACUCAGACAGGUGGGCGUGGGGAGCCCCAGCAGGCACGGACCAUAGGGCUGGUUUUUUAAACUUUAUUCACUUCAAAACCUUUAUUAGAGACACGGUUCUGUUCUGGGGUGGGGGUAGCCUUAACAUUGAGCUGUUAGCCCUUCUCUAGGCCGGAGGCCAAGGCCAGACUGGGGAGGGGGCCUUGAACCUUUCAGGGCUCACCCCAGAUGGAAAGAUUUGGGCUGCUCCAAUGGAGGAUCAAAUUUUGGGGCUCCAGCUUCCCCUCAUCCUAGAAGAGGAUGGGAUGGGGGGUCCUCAGGGAUUCUUCGGAAGAUGGAGAAGCAAGCAGCCGCCUUUCCAUCUGGCUGCAGGGAGCUGGGACAGAGGCCAAGAGGGGCCCAUCUGUCGCCUCCCAGUCCUGCCAGCUUCUCUGAGCAGGCUGGGCUGGGGAGGAGGAUAGGGGGACAGCUGUCUGGCCUGGGUCUUCUCAGAGCAAGAUGGGAACAGGGGCCACUUUAGGAGGACAGGAAGCUGGGCUUUUUGCUCAUUUUUUUUAAGGUUUUUGAUUCUUUUUCCCACUUCUUAAAUAAACAUGAAUAU